AUCCAAAUAAACUGUUUCGUUUUUCUAGUAGUCGGUUUCUAAUUCCUUGACCUAAACCGAAAGUUACAGAACCAUAUCCAGGCCUAUAUAUAUAAGAAGUUUCAGGAAGAUAAGAGAGAUUGAAACCUAACCCUAGGGUUGCAACUGGAAUCGAGAGAUCAGGAAACCCAGAUUCGAUAAAAAAAAAUGAAUAGGAAGAAGAUGAAGGUCAGCUAUGGUGAUAUUUUUGGUGGCGACGAUCUAAUUUUGUGUGACAUUCUAAGCAGGCUUCCAGUGAAAUCGGUAAUGAGAUUCAAAUUGGUAUGUACACAUUGGAGAUCUCUAAUCAAAGAAGAUAAAUACUUGAUCGAUUUGCACCUUGUGCGAUCUAAAACACGCCGAGAAGGUACGAAACUCCUUAUUUCUUCUGUUCUAGGAAGGAAAAUGGAUUUGUUUUUUUGCGACUUGUUUCAAGGGGGGCCAGCAAUUCCCUUAUUAGGUCGUAAAGCUACUGAUGAUGAUAGGAAUAACACUUUUGAUGAAACAUUAAUGCUGAACCCGGUAAACGGGUUGAUCUGUUUUGUUAAACCUUUUGAAGGUUCUGUUCUCGUCUAUAAUCCUAGCACAGGAUAUAAAACAUCUUGGUUAGAAACAAGGACUAGGAAAUUAAUGAGAGAUCAUAAUGGACAAGCGGUGGACACUUCUAGGAUGAGGUGGGGUUUUGGAUUCGGAUUUGAUCCAGCUACUAAGGAACACAAAGUUGUUUCUGUGUUUGAGACGAUGAAUACAGAACAAAAAAUUUCUAAAGAGAACCCAUACGGUCUUGAUGUUCAAAAUUGUGAAGUUUUAACAGUUGGAGUUCAGAAUGAAUGGAGGCAAAUUGAUAAGAGUUCUACUCCUGGUUACAUAGUUGGUGCAUCUGUUUAUGUUAAUGGUGUUAUUUAUUGGUUGGAUGAACACCAUAAAGUUCAUGAAGUCAUAAUGGCGUUUGAUGUUAGAGGUGAAAAGUUUAACAAAGUCAUUGUAAUCCCUACUUUCAUCAAUAAUCGUUGGCGGGAUUAUCCAGUUAAUGGAGGGAUACAAACUAUUUGUAUUUAUGUUGAUUUAAUAGAAAUUGAUGGGCAUAUAGCUUUAUUAGAAAGAGUGGAUGGUAGUUCUAUUGGUCUAUGGAUUUACAGUGGUGUCAAUACCAGCGACAUAAAUUAUGGGAACUGGAUUGAAGAGAAAAUUAAUUUCCCAUUUGACUUGUGGGACUCGUACGAUGAUUAUGUAUCUUUUGAAGCGAUUAUCGGGACAGAUCUCAUGAUCAUCAAAAACUUCAAUCAACAAACUAAGUUCGAGACUCUUUAUUAUUACAAUCGGAAAAGAAACAACAUCGAAAAACAAGUUGAAAUCAAAGGGAUUUAUCGGGAUCGUGAUGCCGUCGGCUUGAAAUUCUCAACUUAUGUGGAUAGUCUGAUGCCUGUUCAGGGUAAACGAGAUCCAUAUGUGUGCUACACCCCUGGCCUUUAAUCUGGUCCCAAAUAUUGCCCUUGCGCCUUCGGUGUGGGGAAUUUUAGGAUGGUGCAGCAGGCUUUAAAACAGCGGAGCUGUUGGUGGGGUGGGGAUGGUGCAACAAGCUUUAAAACAGCGGAGCUGUUGGUGGGGGGUGGGGGAUGGUGCAGCAGGCUUUAAA